AUGGAUGCGGGUAUCACAGCAUGUCCCUCGCCGUACAGCAGACCGUUCUGUGCAAAUUUAGAAUGUGCUAAACGGUGGCAGCACUUCCUUGACCCUACCUUGGAUAGGUCGGAGUGGACUGAAUCAGAGUGCCAGAUUUUAUGGGACGCAGUAAGGCAACGGGGUCGUCGUUGGCUACAGAUUCGAAACGACCUAUUUCCCAUGCGUUCUCCUAACUCCCUAAAGAACCAGUAUGCCUUCAUUUCACGCCAUUGCUGUAAGAGUCAGGGGCACUGCCACGAACAGAGUGAUAGCACAGUUAGCUCCAGCCCUGCGUCUCACAGCGAAGACCCAAGUAUCAACCUGAUGACCGAAGACCCUCAACAGCUAUUCUCUUCAAUGGAGCAUACCACUCCACCGCCUACUUCCCACGAUGACAUGUUCAUACUAGACUAUACCCUGCCAAAUUUUGGCUUCGAUGCUAAUGAUCAAACUGGGCUUUCAACUCUAGACCUUCCAGAUACUCCCAAUAAUGGCCGUUGCCUUCAGCAGCAAUACAGUGUUGACAAUGACAGCUUCCUUGUUUCAUCCUGCCCCUCUAGCAAUGGGUAUUUCAACUCAGCGUUGGAAGCGAGUGCGAUAGGUUCGGCAAGCAUGGAAGGCCAGUUCACUACCGACUGCCAAAAUAGUGCCCUCUCGCUUGAGAGCUGGUCUGGGUUAACAUCGUCCCACUGCUCCGUCAUGACGGUGAGACUGAAAAACCCAGCCCCAGAGGCGGUCAAUGAUUUUAUUCAGAUUUUGAUGGCACACCACCAACAAGUGACGAUAGAUAUUGAAAGCUGA